CAGGUCGCUCAGUUGAUGACGCGUCAUCCGCAGUUUCCUGUGCUUCUGCUCUGGUCGUCCUCCUCGACACACAACUCUGAUAUGUUGGGCAAAAUAAUCGGACAGAAAUACGUAUCUGUCGCGAAAACAUGGGCUCCCACGCUCACGGUCUGGGGUGGAGUUGGAGGCGUUGCGCUCGUGUACUUCACAGACUGGAGGCUCAUCAUGGACUACGUUCCCUACAUCAACGGAAAGUUCAAGAAGGAUGAUUAGAGGAAGGUCAGUCUUCUGUAGUUUAGAUGGAUUGAAGAUGGAGACAUCAGACUGGUCAUCACUGCUAACAAACAAUGUGAUAUUUAUUUUUUGGAGCGUUCGAUCCAUCUUUCCCUCAUGGUUAUUUUUCAGUGUGGAUUGUUCUCGAGAGAAAAGAGUCUCACGAUUAAAAUCUAAUGGCUUUAAAGAUGUAAUGCCGGCGUGUUUUCUAUGUUUCUAUAAAAAGCUUCAUCAUUUGUUUCCACUGAGUCCUCCUGCGGUUCUGUUAUUGAGAAGGUGGUGGUGGACCUGAACUCUGCUUUUAAUUCUGUUGUGAUCUCCACGUCAUCCGCGGGUUACUGGUGAUGCUCGUUAAUAAAUCAAAGAAAAUGA